UGUAGCCUCAAGUCAAGUAGAAGGAGGCUUAGAGGAACUCCUGAAUCACCUCCUUCCCCCAUUUUACAGAUAAGAAGAUUGCAGCCAAAAGAAGAACCAUGGCUUUGGAAGGUGGAGUCCAGUCUGAGGAGCCUCUGUGCAUGCGGGAAGCAUAAUCGGGCAGCCAUGGAGUGGGACAACGGGACAGGACAGGCCCCGGGCUCACCGCCCACCACCUGUGUCUACCAAGAGAACUUCAAGAGACUGCUACUGCCACCUGUGUACUCAGUGGUGCUGGUGGCCGGCCUGCCACUGAACGCCUGUGUCAUCGCCCAGAUCGGCACAUCCCGCCGGGCCCUGACCCGCACGGCCGUGUACACCCUGAACCUGGCCCUGGCCGACCUGCUCUACGCCUGCUCCCUGCCCUUGCUCAUCUACAACUAUGCCCAAGGUGACCACUGGCCCUUUGGCGACCUUGCCUGCCGCCUGGUCCGCUUCCUGUUUUACGCCAACCUACACGGCAGCAUCCUCUUCCUCACCUGCAUCAGUUUCCAGCGCUACCUGGGCAUCUGCCACCCACUGGCCCCCUGGCACAAGCGUGGGGGCCGCCGCGCCGCCUGGGUAGUGUGUGGGGCCGUGUGGCUGGCUGUGGCGACCCAGUGUCUGCCCACAGCCCUCUUUGCUGCCACAGGCGUCCAGCGUAACCGCACCGUCUGCUACGACCUGAGCCCGCCUGCCCUGGCCUCCCACUAUAUGCCCUACGGCAUGGCCCUCACGGUCAUCGGCUUUCUGCUGCCCUUUGCCGCCCUGCUGGCCUGCUACUGCCGCCUGGCUUACCAUCUGUGCCGCCAGGACGGCCCAGCAGGGCCAGUGGCCCGGGAGCGGCGUGGCAAGGCAGCCCGCAUGGCGGUGGUGGUGGCAGCCGCCUUUGUCGUCAGCUUCCUGCCCUUCCACGUCACCAAGACAGCCUACCUGGCGGUGCGCUCUACAUCUGGGGUCCCCUGCCCUGUGCUGGAGGCCUUUGCAGCUGCCUACAAAGUCACACGGCCCUUUGCCAGUGCCAACAGCGUGCUGGAUCCCAUUCUCUUCUACUUCACUCAGGAGAAGUUCCGCCGGAGGCCACAUGAGCUGCUGCAGAAACUCACGGCCAAGUGGCAGCGACGGGGUCCCUGA